ACAAAAUCUUCUUCCACUAGGGAUAAACAGAGUAAUCAAGAAAUUAGCUCUUUCGAGACUAGUUUACUGAAAGCUGCAGGCAACGAGAGAAAAAGUGACGAUGAAUGGAGUGAUGUUAAUAUUGUUGUUAUGCCUCUGGGCUGCAUCAAUGUCGGCGGUCCGUGGCGAAGACCCUUACCUUUUCUUCACUUGGAACGUCACCUACGGUACCAUCUCUCCAACGGGUGUUCCCCAGCAAGGCAUUCUUAUCAACGGUCAGUUCCCAGGGCCAAAUAUCAACUCUACCAGCAACAACAACGUAGUGGUCAAUGUCUUCAAUAACCUCGAUGAGCCAUUCCUUCUGACAUGGACCGGCGUACAACAGAGGAAGAACUCCUGGCAAGAUGGUGUGCUCGGAACCAACUGCCCUAUCCCCCCUGGGAAGAAUUACACCUAUCACUUCCAGGUCAAGGACCAAAUAGGUAGCUACAUGUAUUAUCCAUCGACAGCUAUGCAUAAGGCAGCCGGAGGUUUUGGAGGCCUUCGUAUUAACAGCCGCUUGCUCAUUCCUGUUCCCUAUCCUGAUCCGGAAGACGACUACACUAUCCUCGCAGGAGACUGGUUCAGCAAAGGACACACCACACUCAAGAAAAUGCUGGAUAGCGGCCGUAACCUCGGCAGAUGUGACGGUGUCCACAUUAAUGGGAAAGUUGCCAAAGGUGAUGGUAAGGAUGAACCUCUCUUCACCAUGGAACCUGGCAAGACCUACAAGUACAGGAUUUGCAAUGUCGGGAUCAAGACAUCUCUCAACGUCAGGUUCCAAGGCCACAACAUGAAACUGGUUGAGAUGGAGGGUUCCCACACAGUGCAGAAUACGUACGAAUCCCUUGACGUGCACGUCGGACAGUGCUUUGGUGUGCUUGUAACGGCCGACCAGGAACCAAGGGAUUACUAUGUCGUGGCCUCCACCCGAUUUACGAAACGAGUAAUCACAGCCACUGGCAUCAUACGCUACACGAAUGGCAAGGGACCUGCCUCACCCGAGCUGCCUCCAGCACCUAUUGGUUGGGCUUGGUCGCUCAACCAAUUCCGUACCUUCCGUUGGAACCUAACUGCCAGCGCUGCCAGGCCUAAUCCUCAAGGCUCCUACCAUUAUGGUGCCAUUGACAUUACCCGCACCAUCAAACUCGCAAACACCGCCGGAAAAGUAGGUGGGAAGCUUCGAUAUGCCAUUAAUGGGAUUUCUCAUGUCGACCCACCGACUCCAUUGAAACUUGCGGAGUACUAUAACGUGGCGGACAAGUCUUUCAAGUAUGAUAUUCUUAGGGACGACCCACCGGCGAAGAUCUCAGAAGAAAUCACUGUGCAGCCUAUUGUCGUCAACUUGACCUAUCGGACCUUUGUCGAGAUUAUCUUCGAGAACCGUGAAACAGCCAUUCAGUCCUGGCACUUGUCUGGCUAUUCAUUCUUCGCUGUGGCCGUCGAGACUGGGACAUGGACUCCAGAGAAGAGGAAGAACUACAAUCUUCUGGACGCGGUGAGCAGGCAUACCAUUCAGGUCUUCCCCAAUUCAUGGGCUGCUAUCCUUUUGACUUUCGACAAUUGCGGAAUGUGGAACAUCAGGUCCGAGAUAUGGGACAGGCAUUACCUUGGCCAACAGCUCUAUGCAAGCGUUCUCUCCCCGGAACACUCCCUGAGGGACGAGUACAACAUUCCCGAUAACGCAUUGCUUUGCGGCGUCGUGGAAAGCAUGCCCAAGCCUCCGCCCUACAGCAUUUGAUCGAACUCAUUAAUUUAAUCAGUAUUCCAAUUCCGCUUCAAAUACAUUUAUUGGGAGUGAGAGAGGAAGAGUUAGCUGCUUGAGAUCAACAAUGUUUUUAAGUACGUAAUUCAUUGUACGCAAUUUCCUAGGCGGACUACUAAACAAAAUGGUGACCAAUAAGAGGGUUGGAACAUGCAUGUACGUUUCGAUUCCUCCAAAAUGCCAUGACAUUUUUGUUCUCUUUUAUUCCUUUGUUUUUUAUAUAAAAUGUUUAUUAAUUUGUCCUUACUUGGAACUA